GUCCUCCGCAGAGUCCCGAGCAGCUCCCCGUGUCUUUACGCAGCGUCACCUGAGAACCAAAGACACCUGUUCAGCGGCACGGCCUUCUGCGCAUGCGUAAUAGCGCGCCGUGAAUGCCAUAAACCUGCCGCUGGCGUGGAGCGGGGUCAUUACGCACGGGACAGCGCCUUGGAGAGGGUUUAAAAGAGUUUACGUUACGAAUUUACGAGCUGAGUCCGAGCCAUGCCGAGGUCUUUCCUGGUCAAGAGUAAGCGCGCGCACAGCUACCACCGGCCGCGCGCACUGGACGAGCCGUGUAACGGACUGGACACGAUCCUGGCGCACGUCAAAGAAGAGUCUCGGUGUCCCAUGGGUGCCCUGUUCCACCAGCCCCCUCUCACCCCAGGCUCAGAGUCCUGCAGCCCUCACAGCUGUGAGCCCUCUCUGGACUGUGACCUUUGGAGACCCCCCUCUCCCUCCUCAUCUCCAGACUCAGAAAGCUGCUCUCUUGUGGCGGCAGAUGAAGGCCCCCUCCCCUCCUCUCUGUUCCCCUGCUCCUGGACCUUCUCUGGGUCAAACCUCAGUCACUUCAUGGGCAGAUCGUACCACCCGCGGUUCUCACAGGGGGGUGCUGUCGUGGACUAUUCCAUCGAGAGGGGCCCGUACCAGGACUACACGCCCAGGGCCUUCCCGUCAGCAGAGGUCAAAACAGAGGAGGAGUUCACCGAAUCUCACGGCACCUACAAAUGCAUCAAGUGCUGUAAGGUGUUCUCGACCCCUCACGGGCUGGAGGUGCACGUGCGGCGUUCCCACAGCGGCUCGCGUCCGUUUGAAUGCAGCGUCUGUGGGAAAACAUUCGGACACGCUGUGAGUCUGGACCAGCACAGAGCCGUACACUCGCAGGAGCGCAGUUUUAGUUGUAAAAUCUGUGGGAAAAGCUUCAAGCGCUCGUCCACUCUGUCCACUCACCUGCUCAUCCACUCAGACACCAGGCCCUACCCCUGCCAGUUCUGCGGGAAGAGGUUCCACCAGAAGUCCGACAUGAAGAAACACACCUUCAUCCACACUGGGGAAAAGCCUCACAAGUGUCAGGUCUGUGGAAAGGCGUUCAGUCAGAGCUCAAACCUGAUCACUCACAGCAGGAAACACACGGGCUUCAAACCGUUCGGCUGUGACCUCUGUGGAAAAGGCUUCCAGAGAAAAGUGGACUUGAGGAGGCACAAGGAGACCCAGCACGCCCACAAGUGAGCCACCUGAAGCCACCCAGAGCCACCCAGAGCCCCCAAAAGACUCCCCAAACCAGCCCCUUCAAAUGAUUUAUAGACAAAAUGGUAAAAUAAAAACACCAGGACCAAAAGACCAGCCUGACAAGAGCAGAAACAAAAUUCAGAUUCUGUUUCAUAGAUAGUGAAUUGGAGCCAGAGUCGAUGGAGCCAGAAGAGUGCCCGUGCUCACUUCCUAUUUGAAAUGCAGUGGGCUAGCAGAGGAGCCAUGUCCAUGUAUAAACACAGUUUAUGUAGCACGCUCCCAAGUGACCCGGACUCAAAACUGGACUCAUAUUUAAUGACCAAAGCUUGGAUGUAUUCUAAUAACUUAAUAUUUAAGGAGUGUUGACACUUUUUGCACUAUGUUUGUAUAUAUAUUUUUGUGAAUACUUUUACUUUUACUUAUUCUGAUUAAAUAAACUAAUGUGAGUUGAA